UUCAACAAGCAACAAGUGAAACCUCAAAAAAAAAAAAAUUAAAAUGAAAUUCGUUAUCGUAUUCGCUGCCCUUUUCGCCGUCGCUUUCGCUGCUCCACAAAGCAACCCAGCUGACGCUCAAGCCACCAUUGUGAACCAACAAGCCGACAUCGACCCACAAGGAAACUACCAAUAUGCAUCAAAGACCUCAAACGGUAUUGAAGCCCAAGAACAAGGACAAUUGAAACCAAACCCAGCUCCAAAAUCAGCUGAAGAUCCAGCUGCCUUCAUCGCUGUCCAAGGUCAAUUCUCAUACACCGGCCCAGACGGUCAACAAUACACCGUCCGUUAUGUUGCUGAUGAAAACGGUUUCCAACCAGAAGCCGCUCAUUUGCCAGUUGCCCCAGUUGCUUAAGCAUGUCUACGAUCAGGGAUCAAAAAAAAUUCGGACAAGCCAUACAA